AAGGUUCGGUAUAAAUAGCAGCCCCGGCUCCCUGGCAGGCAGGGACCAGCAGCUCUGCUCCUCCAGAAAUCAGCACCAUGAAGCUUCUCACGGGCCUAGUUUUCUUUUCCUUGGUCCUGGGAGUCAGCGGCUUGUUUUCGUUCCUCAGCGAGGCUGCUGGAGGGGCUUGGGACAUGUGGAGAGCCUACUCUGACAUGAAAGAAGCCAAUUACAAAAAUGCAGAUAAAUACUUCCACGCUCGGGGGAACUAUGAUGCUGCGCAGAGGGGGCCUGGGGGUGUCUGGGCUGCAGAAGUGAUCAGUGAUGCCAGAGAGAAUAUCCAGACAUGGCUGGGUCACGGAGCAGAGGACUCAUUGGAUGACCAGGCUGCCAACAAAUGGGGGCGGAGUGGCAAAGACCCCAAUCACUUCAGACCUAAAGGCCUGCCUGACAAGUACUGAGCUUUCUCUUCUCUCUGCUCUCAGGGACCAGGCUGUGGGCCCCUGUGGGCAGGGACAUGGAAUUACUGAGUUCUGUGUGCACAGAAGCUGGUAGAGGGCACACAGUAGGGGUCUAAUAAACGCUUAAGAGAUCGAC